AUCAUGCAUCACGACGGCGCGCCGCCGCCAUUGUGCCGAGGCAAAGGCCGCUGAAGGGUCACGAGUGCAACAGCGAUAGGGCGGGGCUAGGCCCCCCCGUGACUGUGGCGGUGGCGGCGCUCGGCGUCCCACUAGGCCUGCCGCGGCUGCCGGGAACUUCCCGUGGCCCCGAUGACCUGCCUGCUGGGAGCAUGCCGGGAGCGGCCGCCCCCGUUAGCCCCAGUGCAUGCCGGGAACGCCCAGCCCCACCGUGCUGUAUCCUUGAGGAGGCGCCGCCGGCGCCAGGCGGCGGUUCGUGGCCCUUUAAGGCUGUGAUCCCGCGAGAGGCGCAGCAGCCAAUGGGCGAGAGGGGGCGUGGCUCGCUGGCCGGAGAACGGGAUGAAGGAGGAUAAGGAGAACACUAGGCCGAAAGAGAAGCGGGCGCCCGGGGGCCCCCUGGAUCUCAGGGGGGGCGGGGAGCCCGAGCGGCUCGAGCGGCCGAAGGACAAGAAGGAGACGCUCAGCAAGGUGGUAAUUCGACGCUUGCCUCCUAGCUUGACUAAGGAACAACUUGAAGAACAUCUUCAGCCUUUGCCUGAACAUGACUAUUUUGAAUUCUUUGCUAAUGAUUCCAGUUUGUAUCCUCACAUGUUUUCCAGAGCAUACAUCAACUUUAAAAACCAAGAAGACAUAGUACUGUUCAGGGAUCGCUUUGAUGGUUAUGUUUUUGUUGAUCACAAAGGUCAGGAGUAUGCUGCCAUAGUAGAAUUUGCACCUUUCCAAAAAUCUGCAAAAAAGAAGAAUAAGAAAAAGGAUGCCAAAACUGGGACUAUUGAUGAUGACCCAGAGUAUAAGAAGUUUUUGGAAAGUUACAGUGCAGAUGAUGAAAAGUUAACAUCGACUCCUGAAACACUACUAGAGGAAAUAGAGGCAAGAAACAAAGAGUUAAUAGCUAAAAAGACAACUCCCCUUCUGAACUUCUUGAAAAACAAACAGAGACUGAGAGAAGAAAAAAGAGAGGAGAGGAGAAGAAGGGAACUGGAAAGAAAAAGACAAAGAGAAGAAGAAAGGAGGAAAUGGAAAGAAGAAGAAAGAAGGAAGAGAAAAGAAGCAGAAAAACUGAAGAAAGUUGAUAAAUGCCCAGAAAAAGAAAGGGAUAAAUCAAAGGACGAACCAAAGAUUAAGCUACUUAAGAAACCAGAGAAAGAUGAAAGAGACUUGGAGAAAAAGGAAAAGUUCAAGAAACUGGAAAAAGAAAUCGUGAGGGAAGAAAAGGCUGCUGGUGCUCUAAUCAGCGUGUCAGCCAAACGAUCCGAUGGGGAGAAUAAAGAGGAGAAGGCAAAAAAACCUGAAGAUGAAUAUGGAAAAGAUUACAGGGAGCGGGAGAGAGACUUCGAAAGAGAGAGAGAAUAUGAGAGACUGCAGCGGGAGAAACAAAGACGCCAAGAUGAAGAGCGUCGUAGGCAGAAGGAACGCUUUGAGAAAGAAAAAGUUUUUAGAAAAAGAGAGGAAGAGGUGAAAAAGGAGAUAAACUCAUUCAGAGAGAAAGGAAGGAAAAGUGAGCUUCCAGACUUUACAGGCAACAUAGAAAAAGCUGAGAAAAUAACCAAAGAUGACAAAAAAGAGGAUGCAGCUAAGAGAGAUCGCAUCAGAAAUAAGGAUCGUCCAGCAAUGCAGCUAUACCAGCCAGGAGUUCGAAGUCGAAGUAGACUGUGUCCUUAUGAAGAUAUGGCUACAAAGUCUGUGGACCAAGGAGCAGAUAAACAGGAAAGUGAGACCAGUAAUACAAAAGAAGAGGAGUGAUUAGCACACAGGCCUUAUGUGUUCUGAUUAUCGAAGCAGCCAAAGAGCAUGUACUACGCAAUCCAGAAGUGCCUUCAAAGAGAAGGAACAAAGGAAGAAGAGGGGACAUUGUGCUGUUGGAUGUUUCUGGUUAAAGAACCUCAGAAUUUGAAAUGUGUUCUCAUUGUUAUUGGAAUUUAUUUUCAUAGCAUCAGACUACAAUGGAGAAGAAAAUGUUUGCAGUUUGCAAAGUAGAAAAGCUUUUUGUGGCCUUACGUAUGAGAAAUGCGAGUCAUGUGGUCAGGAGGAUGGCACCUGGAUUUAAAAGCAGAGCUUUUUUGUAAAGCAGUCCUGAACCAGUGUUUGAUACACUUAAAAAGAGGAGCAAAGUUAAAGUUGCAGUUUUGCUCAAAAGCUAACAUCCUAUAUUGCUAUGCUGCGUGGUGUUUGAGUCUGAGACUACAAUAGUUACAAGUAAACAGUGUAAUCCUAGCACUAAAACAGAGUUCUCGGACUAUGGUAGCUGGGCCAUCAGUGGUCUGGGGAAGCCUUUUCCUGGUUUUCUGCAGAACAAACCUUUUCAAGAUAGAAGCAGUAGGAAGUUUGGAAAGUGGGGAGAGGCCUUAUAAAGAAUCUUCCAUGUAGGAAGUGGAUUACUGAAUGAAGUAGUUGAACUAAAAGAUUGCAGUGUAGGAAUAAUUUUGUUAUUACUGGGUAUUUCCUUUUUUGAUAAAUUUGUCAUGUAAUGUCUGCCUACCUACACUGAAACAAUUUUUUUUUUUUAAUUUUAGUAUAGCUGUGUAGAGUGUCUGAUUCUUUUCAAGCAUUCCCUUUUUUUUCAGUGUCUUAAAAGUAGGAAACUUGCCAUUUCAAUCUCUGCUUCAUCUUUCCUAAUCCAUUGGAGUGUUAUUUCACAGCCCAGAAGAAACUUCACCAAUAAUGAUCCUCUUUAAGCGAGCAAGUUUUAGCCUUAGCUGUUUUGUACUAAAACCAAUAAAAUAUCUCAAAAUAUUAAAGAUACUUUAACUUA